AUGUUUCGCCUUUUUGAUCGUUCACCUUACAAUCUCGAUAUUGAAACGUCUUUUCGCCGGUCACCUUGUCCUUCCCACAAUAUUCUGCUCCUAGAUGAUGUCGCGCCUAUGGACCAAGUCAGAGUAGUGGCUAUCGGUGAUGUACCAGGUCCCAUGGUGAAGGGUUGCAUAUCUUUUGUAACGGAAACGGAUUCCGACGAUGGGUUACCACACACACUUGAGCACCUGGUAUUCAUGGGCAGCAGAAAGUAUCCAUUCAAAGGGGUCCUAGACAUCAUUGCUAAUCGCUGCUUAGCUAGUGGAACGAACGCUUGGACUGACCAGGACCAUACAGCCUACACGUUGACCACAGUAGGCAGUGAAGGCUUUUUCAAAGUGCUACCAGUCUACCUCAACCAUCUUCUUUCGCCUAUGCUUUCGGAUGCUCAAUUUGCUACAGAAGUGCAUCAUAUCAAUGGGAAGGGUGAAGACGCAGGCGUAGUCUACAGUGAAAUGCAGGACCAUGAAUCCGAGAUGUCUAGUAUCAUGGAUAGGAAAAAGAAGGAGAUACUGUAUCCGCCAAAUAAUUCUUAUCGCGUUGACACAGGUGGACGGCUAAAAAAUCUGCGGGAAACUUGUAAUGCUGAUCGAGUUCGUGAAUUCCACAAGAAAUUUUAUCAUCUUUCGAAUAUGGUGGUGACCGUUUCUGGUCGUGUUGAUCAUGAAAGGUUACUGCAGAUUGUUGGAAAUACAGAAGAGGAGCAUCUGUCUCAAAUUCCAACGUCAUUUGAUCGGCCGUUCACAUCGUUCAGCUUGAAACCGCCCGCAGAGUCGAGCGAACAACAUGUGACGUGCCCCAGUGAUGAUGAAUCAAGGGGAAGCGUGGAGAUUAGUUGGUUUGGCUACGAACCCACAAAUUUCAAAGAAAAGGUCGCAUGUGAUGUGCUCUUCGAUUACUUGUCAAAUACUCCCAUAUCCCCGCUGCAACGGGAGUUUGUGCUCACAGAGAAGCCUUUAGCUAGUCAAGUAGAUUUUCACGUAUCUGAGCAAAGCAUUUGCCUAAUUGCGUUGAUUUUUGGUGGAGUGCCGACGGAUCGUCUCGAUGACGUGAAAAAGAAAUUCAUGGACAAAGUGGUGAAAGAUCAUUUAGAAGAUAGUGCUUGGGACAUGGAAAGAAUGGGAUUCCUCAUAGGACAAACAGUCAAGAAUGAAUUGCAAAAGAUGGAGAAACACCCAGAUAUGGAGCUGUUUGGUCAUAUGAUUGGACACCAGCUAUACGACAAGACUGAGGAAGAUCUGAAGACACGACUUAAUGAGCUGGAGCUUAUUCGCCGUCUGCGAUCUGAACCUGCCUCAUUUUGGUCGGGUCUCGUGAAAAAAUAUUUCACCAGUCCCCACGUAGCUGUCAUCGGAAUACCAAGCGAGAAAAUGGUGGAGCAGGUGGCAAAUGAAGAGAAAGCACGAAUAGAGCAGCAGCGGCGGAAACUCGGCGAAGAUGGCAUCAAAAAAUGUGACGAAAACAUCUGCUGCGCCAUAAAGGAAAACACCGAGCGAAAGCCAGAUGCUAAACUACUGCAAGAACUGAUCGUCAAAAAACUCGAAGCUUUUGAUCGAUUUCCGGUGGAUGCAAAGAGCAACGUAGGAGGUUCACCACCAUCACAGCCUAUAGCGAAAUUCUUGGAACAGUUCCCAUUCCCGACCACUGUACAUAAUUCUCCGACAAAGUUCAUUGAAUUAUUCCUUUUCCUUGAUUCGAGCGCAUUGACGGCCGAACAAAGAGCCUGGCUGUUCCUUUACAAUGAUCUUUUGUUCGAAUCGCCAGCGAUGAUCAAUGGGGAAUUGAAAACUGCUGAAGAAGUGGCAAAGCUUUACACCAAGGACCUCGUAGAUCACUCCAUCGAGGUUGGCAUUUCCGGCUUUUUCGACAAAUUGGUCGACCUGCGUAUAGUGGUUGAUGCGGAGACUGGAUAUCCCAAUCUCGCCAAAUGGGCGAAGAUUUUCACCACCGGAAUAGUGUUUGACCCCCUCAGAGUGCGGCAGUGCGCCAAAAAAUUGGCAAGUGAUGCAAGCGAGAAGAAGAGAGAUGGAUGUAGCGUAGCUAGCACCGCCUUGGUUUCUAUGAUCAACCAGCAGAAUACAAAUGCUUAUAUGUACGAUGAACUUAUGUUGGAGAAAUUCCAUGAGACUAUUGCAAAACGGUGCGAAACUCAUCCAGAAGAAGUUGUGAAGAAGUUGGAAGAGGUCCGCUCUGCCUUAUUCUCUCGUGGUGUCAAUGCACAUUUUCUUUGCAAUGUCGAGCUCAUCAAUGACAAACUCUUUAAUCACUACCAAUGGGAUUUUGUCGAAAAUGGUUUUGGAAAAGCUGAGAAAUUUGUGGGCAAAGCCGGUGAGUCCGUAGACUUGAGCUUUGUUGGCCGACAGAAAGUCUUGGGUGUUGGUGGAUCCGAAUCCUCCUUUAUCUAUCAAACUUGCAUGAUGGAUUGCGACUGGAUGAGUGAAGAGUUGGUCCCAACAAUGUUGUUCACGCAGUACUUGAGCCAGUGUGAAGGUCCGCUUUGGAGAGGUAUUCGCGGCGAUGGACUUGCCUACGGCGCCAAUAUCUAUGUGAAAUCUGAACGCCGAACAAUAACUCUUUCCUUAUAUAGAUGCGCCCAACCGGUAGAAGCUUACGAACGGACAAAGAAAAUUGUGAAUGAUGUCUUGAAAAGCGGGAAAGUAGUGGAGUCCGAAUUUGAGGCUGCGAAGAGGUCACUGAUUUGCGAACUAAUGCAGCGAGAAGAGACGGUCAGCGGAGCUGGUAAGCUGUCAAUAAUCGGACAAAUUAGAGGAACUCCGAGCGACUACAGAAAACAACUUUGCCAACGGGUGUGGAAUACCACUGUCGAAGAUAUGGUCAGUUUAGGUGGCCCAAGAGUGGCGAAUCUCUUUGAGAAAUAUGCUCGAGCAAUCACAGUUCAUCCGUCUAAGGUUGCUGAAAUCAAAUCUUCUUUCCCGGAAAUAGAGGAAGUUGCCGUUGCAUCACUAAACUUCUUACCGUCACUUGAUUCAUAGGUCGGAUCGGAUCAAAAACCUUUUCAAGGGUGUUUAUCGGACUGAUGUUUGCUGAUUUCUAGAGUUUGCAGUCUUAACAGUUUUUUAAUACAAGGGGUGUCAAAAAAGUGCCAACUGUUUGUUAGCUGAAAACUCUUUAAUGGUUGUUUUCUGCGGAUACCGUGACUAGUGUAUAGAGAAAUCAAACUCAAAAGCGAACUCACUAUACCUGCUAUAACCAUAGAAAUAUAUUUUGUGCGUUUUUUGAUACGGCU